UUGGAUGUCACUCUUAACUGUGCAGAUUAUCUGGAGGGCAAGAGCAAUGAUAUUUCUCCAAAGCGGGAGAGCUGGCACCAUAUGAACCCCAUCCCCAGAUCCUUGAAGAACCAGUUUGCAUAUCGCCAACUGAGAGAGCAGAAAAAUGCACUACAAGAGGAAAUCAGGGUAUUCUGGAAGAAAUGCCAACGACUGCGAAAGGAGAUCCAGACUUUCCGAGAAGAUAACAAAACCAAGGCUUUGUGGGAGGAGAUCCAUGCCUUCAAGAAGAAGAACAAGGGCUUCAUGGAUGAGAUCAAGAACUUCUUAGAGGAGAGCAAGGUUUUCAUGGCUGAGAUCAAGGCCUUCCAGACCAAAAGGAAGGAAAUUCAGGACCAGGUGAAGGCCUUUCAGGAGAAGAUUGAGACACUCCAGCAGAGGAUCAAGACAACAGAAGAGGAGAUUGUCACCUUGGAGGAAAGGAACGAAUCGUUCCGAGAUGCUGUCAAAGCCUUCCAGAUUAAGAACAAGGAGUUCCAGGAAGCCAACAAAGGCAUGCGUGAGAAGAACAAAUCCCUUCAGGAGAAGAUAGAAGCCAUUGAAGAGAAGAACAAUGCCUUCUGGAAGGAAUGCAAGGCAUUUUGGAAGAAGGACAAAACCUUCUGGGAAGAGGACAUGGCCAUAUCCAAAGACAAAAUGGCCCUCUGGGAAGAGUAUAUAGCUUUGAGGGAUAAUGACCAAGACCUCCAGGAAGAAAAAGCGGUCAUCUGGGACAUGGUGGAAGCUCUCUGGGAUAUGAAGUACUCCAUAUGGAAAGAGGUAAAUGGGUUUCCGGAAGAACCGCAACCUGAGUUCGAGGUGGAAGUUCUCGACAAUGGUGCCGAUGGAGACCACGAUGAACCACCCGACGAAAUAAAAGAGGUGUGAAUUAACACAGUGAUCUGGUUAGCACCACCUUAAAGACUCCUAUACAUUGAUGUACAAACACCGCGGCUCCUUUGUCAUCAAGACCUUUUAAUAAAAUCUUGAUGGAAUUUCAA